UGAAGACACCAGUCUAGAGGGCUGAAAACAUAACGCGUUAGAUUAGAGUUUUGUUGACAAUGGCGAGCGACUCCCCGCGCAGACCUAGCCGCUGUGCUGGAGGGGUUGUGGUGCGAGCCCAGGCUGCUACGGAGCAGUCUUACAUGGAAAGUGUGGUAACCUUCUUGCAAGACGUGGUCCCUCAGGCUUACACAGGUGCACCCACAACGGAUGAAAAAGAAAAAAUAGUUUGGGUUCGGUUUGAGAAAGCAGACAUUAAUGAUGUGGCUCGCUCACCGGAGUUUCUGGAGAUGCACAGCAGUGGCACUGACCCUCCGCUCUGUCUAAUGAUCGGCUAUGCAGACGGCAUGCAGAUCUGGAGUAUAUCUUUGAGUGGGGAGGCACACGAGCUGUUCUCAGUUCGCCACGGACCAGUACGAGCCGCCCGGAUUUUGCCGGCUCCUCAUAUAAGUCCCUUAAAGACGGACAGCUUCGCUGAGAAGAGGCCCCUUCUAGGCGUGUGUAAGAGCACGGGUUCUUCGGGGACAAGCCCUCCGUAUUGCUGUGUGGAUCUGUACUCUCUGCGAACGGGGGAGAUGGUCAAAUCCAUUCAGUUUAAAACUCCUAUUUAUGAUCUACACUGCAACAAAAGGAUCCUCGUCGUCAGUCUUCAAGAAAAGAUAGCCGCGUUCGACAGCUGCACCUUUAUGAAAAAAUUUUUUGUCACAAGCUGCUACCCCUGUCCUGGACCUAACCUCAACCCCAUAGCCCUGGGAGAACGAUGGCUUGCCUACGCCGAGAACAAGCUGAUCCGGUGUCAUCAGUCUCGCGGUGGGGCCUGCGGAGACAACGCCCAGUCUUACACAGCCACUGUGAUCAGCGCUGCUAAAACACUGAAGACAGGUCUGACCAUGGUGGGGAAGGUGGUAACUCAGCUGACCGGGACGCUGCCCUCUGGGGUCACUGAUGAGGAGAACACAGGACACAGUGCCACCCGCCGUAGCCCCCAUGCUCCUGGCGUAGUCACCAUCAUAGACACACACACCGUGGGCGAGGGACAGGUUCUCGUGAGUGACGACUCUGAUGGAGAGGGAGUGGUUGCCCAUUUUCCAGCCCACGAUAAACCUAUAUCCUGCAUGGCAUUCAACCCAAGCGGUAUGCUGCUCGUGACUGCGGACACGCUGGGCCACGAUUUCCACGUCUUUCAGAUUCUGACACACCCAUGGGCUUCCUCCCAAAGUGCAGUUCAUCACCUAUACACCCUUCAUCGAGGAGAGACAGAGGCCAAGGUGCAGGAUAUCUGUUUUAGCCACGACAGUCGUUGGGUGGUGAUCAGUACCCUCCGUGGCACUUCGCACGUCUUCCCCAUCAACCCGUACGGCGGAGCCCCCUGCGCACGCACCCACAUGUCCCCCCGCGUGGUCAACCGCAUGAGCCGUUUCCAGAAGAGCGCCGGUCUGGAGGAGAUCGAGCAGGAGCUGAGCAGCAAGCAAGGGGGUCGCUGCAGCCCCAUCCCAGGCCUCUCCAGCAGCCCAUCGGGUUCCCCUCUGCACGCUAAACUGACCAGUCAAGAGUCCUACAACAACUUCACCAACAACAACAUGGGUAACCCACGCCUGUCUCCUCUCCCCAGUCUGACCAUCCUGCUGCCCCUGGCCCAGAUAAAGCAGCCCAUGACCCUGGGCACCAUCACUAAACGCACAGGACCCUACCUCUUUGGGGCAGGAUGUUUUUCCAUUAAAACUCCAUGCAAAGCCAAGUCGCCCCCUCAGAUCUCGCCCAGUAAAUCCACAGGAGGGGAGUUCUGCGUGGCUGCUGUAUUUGCUCCGUCGCGAUCCUGGUUCAUCACCAACCCCAAUAUGAAGCGAGAGAAAGAUCAGUCCCGCCAGGCCAUUGUUGACUCUCUGUACAUUCUGAGCUGCUACGGAAACCUGGUGGAACACGUGCUAGAGCCUCGGCCAAUCAGCACGGCCCAGAAGAUCAGCGAUGACACGCCUCUGGAACUAAACACCUGUCCGAGAGCCUGUUGGAACCUAGCCAGAACCCCACAGUGGAAUGAGCUACAACCUCCUUUCAACAGUAACCACCCCUUGGUGCUGGCCUCUGACUUAGUGCAGUACUACCAGUACCUCCUGGCUGGAUUGGUUCCACCUGGUAGCCCUGGUCCCAUCACCAGACAUGAGUCUUAUGACAGCCUAGCAUCAGACCACAGUGGCCAAGAAGAUGAAGAGUGGCUCUCUCAGGUGGAGAUUGUGACUCACACUGGCCCCCACAGGCGACUGUGGAUGGGCCCUCAGUUCCAGUUUAAGACCAUCCACCCGUCAGGCCAGACCACCGUCAUCUCCUCCAGCUCCUCUGUGCUCCAGUCACAGGGCCCCAGUGACACCCAGCAGCCCCUGCUAGACUUCGACACUGAUGACCUGGACCUGCACAGUCUCAGGAUCCAGCCAGUGCGCUCAGAGCCAGUGAGCAUGCCUGGCUCCUCCCAACUGGUUGCCGAUAGGCGGGGCCAGUCCACUGUCAUCGAUGCGGGAUCAGGGACGUUCGACCGUAGCGUCACCCUGCUGGAGGUGUGCGGCAGCUGGCCCGAGAGCUUCGGCCUUCGUCACAUGUCCUCUGUGGACACCACGGAGGAGGGCCUGAGAGAGCGUUUGGCUGACGCAAUGUCCGAAUCACCCAACAGGGAUAUUGUGGGCUCUGGGACAGAGCUACAGAGGGAGGGAAGCAUCGAGACUCUCAGCAACAGCUCCGGUUCCACCAGCGGGAGCAUUCCACGGAACUUCGAGGGUUAUCGCUCGCCCUUGCCCACCAAUGAGAGCCAGCCUCUGAGCCUCUUCCCGACUGGCUUCCCUUAG